GGGGCGAGCACCAGGAGGGGACAAGACUGACUGGGUCAUGCACGAGUACCGGCUGGCAGAGGAUUCGGCUGUAGCUGGACCUGCUGCUACAGAUAUGGCCCGUGCUACAGCUGCAGAAGACCCAGCAGCAGGCGCCCACGCAUCUGCUACGCAUGAUAGUGUGGAUGUAGCAGCUGGUACUGCUAAAGGCCGAAACAGCAGCCAAGAACAUGAAGCGACCAACCCAUACACCAGAGGUCCGGGUGGUGCAGAUGGUGGUUUAGCGAGCAGCAACAGCAUCCCCAAAGCCAACAGUCCAGAGCUUCAAGCUGGAAUCGAUCGAAGGACCGACGUGGGAUCGUGGGUGGUUGUGCGGGUGCUGAAGCGAACCGCCCUAACGGCUGAGGAGCAAGCGUCGGUGGCGCAUCAGGGGAUGGCAGCACAGCAGCAGGGGAUGGCAGCACAGCAGCAGGGGAUGGCAGCACAGCAGCAGGGGAUGGCAGCACAGCAGCAGGGGAUGGCAGCACAGCAGCAGGGGAUGGCAGCACAGCAGCAGGGGAUGGCAGCACAGCAGCAGGGGAUGGCAGCACAGCAGCAGGGGAUGGCAGCACAGCAGCAGGGGAUGGCAGCACAGCAACAGGGGAUGGAAGCACAGCAGCAGGGGAUGGCAGCACAACAGCAGGGGAUGGCAGCACAGGAGCAGGGGAUGGCAGCAGAGCAGCAGGGGAUGGCAGAACAGCAGGGGAUGGCAGCAGAGCAGCAGGGGAUGGCAGAACAGCAGCAGGGGAUGGCAGCAGAGCAGCAGGGGAUGGCAGCACAGCAGGGGAUGGCAGCACAGCAGCAGGGGAUGGCAGCACGGCAACAGGGGAUGGCAGAACAGCAGCAGGGGAUGGCAGCACAGGAGCAGGGGAUGGCAGCACAGCAGCAGGGGAUGGCAGCACAGCUGGGGAUGGCAGCACAGCUGGGGAUGGCAGCACAGCAGGGGAUGGCAGCACAGCAGCAGGGGAUGGCAGCACAGCAGGGGAUGGCAGCACAGCAGGGGAUGGCAGCACAGCUGGGGAUGGCAGCACAGCAGCAGGGGAUGGCAGCACAGCAGGGGAUGGCAGCACAGCAGGGGAUGGCAGCACAGCUGGGGAUGGCAGCACAGCAGCAGGGGAUGGCAGCACAGCAGGGGAUGGCAGCACAGCAGCAGGGGAUGGCAGCACAGCAGGGGAUGGCAUCACAGCAGGGGAUGGCAGCACAGCAGCAGGGAGGGCUGCCUCUACGAGGUGUGAAUCCGUGGCUCUUGGUGCAGCAGCGAGGGAGCGGAGCAGAGCAGCAGCCAAGUGAUGCUGGUGCGGCUUGGGGCACAGGUUGGGCUAGUGAAGAAGGUGGUGUGCACAGUUCAGGAAAGAUUAAUCUUGAGCAGGGAGAUGAUAGGGGAGUUAAAGGGUUUGAAGGGGAAGGGCGUUUGGUGGUUCAGCAGGAAGCCUAUGCAGGAGGCACGGGUGGUGUGGGUGGUGGCGAGGUGGCAGCGGCUUAUGGUUUGGGCCUAGCGGUCAGUCACUUGCCGAACUCCUCCUCCUGUGCGGUGCCAGUAGAUGUGCAGAGCAGCAUCGUAGCAAGCCGAGCGACAGCUGUGAUUUUCGAGUCGACUCAAAUGGCUGGCAGCAUCAGUCAGGCAGUGCAUCAAGAGUUGUUGCUGCAGCAGAAAAUCAUCAGAGAAGCAGUGCAGCAAGGACUAUUGCUACAGCUGCAGAAAAGCACCACACCAGCAGUGCAUCAAGAGUUGUUGCUCCAGCAGGAUAGCAGCAGAGAAGCAGUGCAGCAAGGACUAUUGCUACAGCCGCAGAAAAGCACCACACCAGCAGUGCAUCAAGAUUUGUUGCUGCAGCAGGAUAGCAGCAGAGAAGCAGUGCAGCAAGGAUUAUUGCUACAGCCGCAGAAAAGCACCACACCAGCAAUGCAUCAAGGCUUAUUGCUCCAGCAGCAGCAACGCAACAGAUCAGCAGCACAGCAAGGGUUGUUGGAAGCGCUUUGCCCGCAAGGCAGCAGCCCAGCAGUGCAGCACACAAGCCAGCAAGGCAGCAGCCCAUCGGUGCAGCAAGGGUUAUUGCAAGCUUUUCAGGACAAGAGCACACAAGCCUUCAAGCAGUAUCUGUUUGAUACGAAGCCAGCUGGAAGCAGCGAUGGCGGUGGUGGUGUGGAAGGUAGGGGAGAUAGGGAGCAGAAUGAGAGGCACGAGGAAGGCUGGGAGAAGCAGGACUGGGAGGACACGAAGAGCGAGACUCCCACCCACACCCACGGCCAGUUUCCCACUCUGCCAAUCACGCGAUCACCAAUUUACCAACCUGGUUACACGGUUACCACUCAGCAACAGCAGGGUCACAGCGCACGGCAGCAGAUUGGUUACCAGCAGGUGAUUGCAGGCGCUUCUUCCCCUUGCUCUGCUCCUCAGCACCCGUUCCGUCCUUCCUCUUCUCUGUCCGUCUCUGCAUCUUCAUCUGGUGACUCUCAUCCCCAUAGGGAACAGAAUCCUGGCAUCCUGCCAACAUUCACUGCUGCUGAUCAUUCUGCUGCUGCUGCUGCUGCUGCUGCUCAUUCUGCUGCUACUGCUGCUGCUGCUGCUGCUCCUGCCGCCUCUGCUGUUGCCGAUGAUGGUAUUGGUGACAGAGCAGCAGGUGAAGUGAUCCGCCACGAGGACAUGCAGCAACUGGCUGAUCGUGUCAGAUCUCUUCUAAGAAAUCAGGUUGGCACCACUGCAGAUGCUGCUACAAGAACUUGUCCCACGGCUUCUCCUGUUGCUGCUUCCAGUGGGGAUGCUACGGCUCCCCCCACUGCAACUCCUCCUCCUCCUCCUGCUUCUGAUGCUGCUGCUGGUGGUGCUGCUCCUGCUGUUGCUUCUGCUGCUGCUGCUGUUGCUGCCAUCCUAUUUGGAGCUGAUUCCCAACCCUUAAGAGCCUCAUUGUCUGGUGUGGUUUCCACAGGUGUUACAGACUCUGCCGUUUUGAGAGUGGCUGCAGCUAACAGAGUUGAGCCCAGAGAGUUCUUCAACAGAACUGCAGCGGAAUCCUUGACUGUAUCCUCCGCCCAUUUCGUUGACACGCCGUCACAUGCAGCUAUGGCACCCUCGCAUGCAGUUUCAGCACGAUCAUAUUCGGCUGUAGCACCCUUGACAGGAGUCCAGCCAGGGAAAAGGCACAAGGGGCAGCACGCAAUGAGUUUUGGGUACCACGACCAGCAACAACAGCAGCAUCAGCAGCAGCAGAAGCAGCAGCAGCAGCAGCAGCAGCAGGAGCAGCAGCAGCAGCAUGAGGAGCAGCAGCAGCAGCAGCAGCAGCAGCAGCGGCAGCAGCAGCAGCAGCAGCAGCAGCAGCAGCAGCAGCAGCAGCAGCAGCAGCAGCAGCAGCAGCAGCAGCAGCAGCAGCAGCAGCAGCAGCAGCAGCAGCAGCAGCAGCAGCAGCAGCAGCAGCAGAAGCAGCAGCAGCAGCAGCAGCAGGAAUACCAGCAGCAGCAUCAGAUGCUGCAGCAGCACAUGCAUCAGCAGGACAUGCCUCAGCAGCAUGGUCUCAGUCAUGAACCUCCAUGGCAGAGAAGCUUUUCCUGCCCUGCCGUCCCUCUGCCGCUUCGCACUCCCAUUCAAGGCGCCAACCAGUAUGAAUCACCCAUACGUGCCUCCCACAGCCUAGGAUACGACCCCCCCCCAUCACUGCAAGGGGCGUUGGACGGACAGCGAGAGCACGGGAGGUUGUACCACAUGGCUCUGGGAUGGAGCACAGAGAAGAAAACUUGUCAGGAAAGUUGGGAGCUGCAGCAGGAGGGGUAG